AUGGAUACGGACCUGUUAAGAAGACCCGCAUUACCGGAGGAUGCUGUCCAGUACCGUCUCUUUCUUGUACAGACUGGACCGAACACACAAACUGGGGAGGAGUUACUGCAGCGACUUCAGGAGAAGAUUCUGGCUGAGUUCGCACCUCUUUUGGUGCCGUAUAUCUGGCAACAACAACCCUUCAAUCUAAAAUACUAUCCUGAAAAAGGGGGUGUACCUGCUCAUCUGGGUGGCAGUACCGAGUUUGGCGAUAACGUCGAGGACGAGUGGUUCAUCGUUUACUUGCUGAGACAGAUCACGCAAACUUUCCCAGAAUUGACAGCAACUGUUCAAGACAAUGACGGACAGUUCCUGCUGAUCGAAGCAGCUGACUACCUGCCCAAGUGGCUGAACCCGGAGACCAGCGAAAACAGGGUGUUUCUGUAUAGGGGAGAGCUGCAUAUCCUGCCCAAUAGUGUGCAGUCUGGAGAGGUGGGCUGGCCCAAAGGCAAAGUUCCCUCAGUCAGCCAGGCUCUAGAGGUUCUGUCCUCACACAGCAAAUCUUGCCUAGCAAAUCAGAAGAUCCAGUCUUCUCUGAGGAGGAGACUGCAAGGGUUUCCGGAAAAGAUUCAGUUAAACCUACACCGAGCCCACUGUUACCUGCCAGCAGGUAUUGCCGUUGUGUUGUCACAGCGACCUGACCUGUUGGCACCAGCUGUAUCUGCUUUCUACCUGCGUGACCCCAUUGACCUCCAGGCUUGCAGAACAUUCAAGUAUUUUCCACCUGACACCAGGGUCCUCACAUCGGUCACAUUCACUCGUUGUCUGUAUGCCCAGCUUCAGCAGCAGAGUUUUGUUCCUGACCGGCGGAGUGGCUUCACUCUGCCUCCCCGUUCUCAUCCCCAGUACAGAGCUCAUGAGCUGGGGAUGAAACUGGCUCAUGGCUUUGAGAUCUUAUGCUCUAAGUGUGAGCAGACCUCAGUGGAGUCAGACAGUCCUGCUAGCUGUAGCCCCUUCUGGAAGGGCUUUCUGGACAGUCUAAAGAAGAAUGGCUACUUUAGGGGGGAGCUAGAAGGUUCUGCAUGCUACAAAGAGUUGAUGACUUCAGCAGAGACCUUCUUCAAGCAGUCAUUUACUAGCACACAGAGUGCAGUGUCUCCUGGUCAGGUGGUGUUGCAGGUGUUACAGAGUGCCCCCUACAGUCUGGAGGAGCUCCGCAAAAAAGAAGAGCAUCUUCCACCAGAGGACAGUGACAACUGGCUGGACCUUACUCCACAGGACCUGGAGCACCUGUUAGAAGAGAGAGGGGGUAGGGGUGUAAAUGAAGUGGCAAAGGAAAGAAAGGGGGACAUUUGGGGGGGAAGGAUAAGAGGUGACAAUGUGGAGAAGGAGGAGGAAGAGGUGGGUUAUAGUCUAGUUGCUGUGACGCAGGGAAUGAAGAACUUCAUAAACGCCAUGUCUUCUCACGAGGGGGCGGAACUGCCACAGUCUUACACAGUUGACCCCUUCAGUUUUGACCCUGAUGCUGUGACCAGUGCACUUGACAGACUGCUAGGAGGGAAAGAAGAGGAAUUAGACUCUGAUGAUUUAGAUGAUGAUGAUGAUGAUGAUGAAGAUAAUGAUGAUGACGAUGAGGAGGAGGAGGAGAGGGAAGAAGACGUGGCCUGUCCUGGACCGCGGGCUGGUGCAGAUGCUCUAGAGAGUUUGAGGGGGUAUAUGGAGGAAAUGGACAAGGAGCUUCAGACCACUAAUGUUGGCCAGAGCUUUACCCGUAUCAACAAGGGUGGGGUGAGAACAGAAGCAGCCCAGAGCUCCACAGCUGCCCCAGGGUCUGAGCAACAAAUGGAGGAGAUCCAGCCUCUGGACGUGGACCUCAACUUGGUCACAAAUCUGCUUGAGUCCCUGUCUUCACAAGCUGGGUUAUCAGGUCCAGCAUCCAACCUCCUUCAGAGUAUGGGCAUUCAUCUCCCACCAAAUGCUGAUCCAUCCUGAAUAUGAAUAUCUUACUGUUUCUCAACCUACUCCCACUAAUGUAGUGUGAAUACUCUAUCAGCACAGAUUGUUACAAACUAGAACUAGAGCCCAAAUUAAUCUAACUUCACUUAAACAAAACUGUCAGUGAAAGAUCCAGUCUGAUAGCGCAUAGUGUAACACUUUUAGGUGCUUGCUCAGUACUACUCCCAGCUAAACAGUAACUAUCAGAGUUCAUUAACAGAGGGAUCUGGACAUUCUUUCCCAGUGACGCCAGUCCUCCUGUACUAACACAACACUCAGUCAUCUGCUGAAUUACACAGAUCAAUUACGAGUGACGAAAAGAUCAUCUGAAAAGUGAGCCGAUCUUAUUCAAACUGACACACACCCUUCAAGAAAAAUGUUGUGGGUUGAGGUAUUGGAAUCAGACAUGACUGUGAAUCCCCCACAUCAGUUUAUUAACCAAAGCUGAGAGAG